CUCAACUCAUCCAAACUUCUCCCCUCCUGAUCAAAAUCACAAUCAGACUCAGCUGUGUCUCCAGCCGGAUUCCCAUCUCAAACCUCAGUAAUUCUUGGCCCAGCUCGCCUCCACCGUCACGAAGCCCAUCUUCCCGCCCCAUGAUCGUCCGGAAUCUCGCGGGGCUGCCUUGAGCUUUCUCACCACAGAAAUGGCCGCAAUCCUAACAACCAACCCAGAAUUCACAACCCGCUACCUCCUCACCCUCCGCUCACCAUGGGCCUUCAUCCACCGCCUAGUCGACAUCGCACUCCGCUUCGCGGCCCUCGGCUAUGUCGACGAGGCCGUCGAACUCCUCGAGAUGGCAGACGCCUACGUCCCCAUCCCAGCCCGCUCAAUUCAUGACAUAGGUCUCUAUUUUGCAUUCCAGGCUGCGGAUUGGUGGCCGGAUUUCACGCCCGAUGAGGAUAUGGAGGACGAGGAUUUGUUGAGGAGUCUAGAUGUUUUGACUGUUAAUACAAGUGUUGGGAAGUUGCUUCUGGAUCAGCAGCCUGGUCCCCGGGAUGUUGGGGAGGCGAGGGAUAGGCGGGAUUUAAGCCGCGUGCUGCAAUUUUUGAAAGAUAGAGAGGGGAGUUGGGAGGAUAGGGAGGGAUUUUUCACUGGGUCUGAGAAAAGGGAAGAGGAGGACGUUGGUGAUGAAGGUUUACAUCGCGGACCCGUGAAAUCAAGGCUCACGAUGACUUUCGACUCUGCGGUCCUUUUUGGGUUCCAUCUUGCCAUUAACAAGCUCGAUGACCAGGAAGCGACAGAGACGUUGUGUGAGGUUAUUGGAGGGGAUUUGGAGCACUACCUUCCGAGGCUGGCGAGGUAUAGAUUCGUGUGGCGGGUCCUUGUUAGGGGGAUCCUGGGGCCAAAAACCGAGGACGGCAAAAAAGAGGUGCAAGCAGAGUUCGAACGUCUCAAGGGCGUGGUGAAACGGCGGAUGAAAAAUGGCGUCGAGUUCCCGUUUCUGGACGACGGGAUGAGAGAUCUCGUCAAGAUGCUUGAUCAGAAUACGAGGCGGCAUGUGCAGUUCCUAGAAGAUACUUCCAGUGACGAAGACGGGGAGGAAAAGUGGUCACCAUCAAUACCAAUUUCUUCUAUCCGCCACCCCGGCGCAAGCAAAAAGAGCAUCGAGGAACUGGAACUGAGACUCGAUGUCGAGUUACCAAGCGACUAUAAGGAGUUCCUCAGCAUAAGUGACGGCAUGGAUGGGAUCUGGAACGGCCAUUACCGACAACGCCUCCUUGCUCCCUCUUCCAAGAUACACCACAAAAACCCCCCAAAACCAGAUCCCGACUCUGCCCCCUUUUCGCAGCUCAUACUCCUUUCUCUGAUUCCGGGCAUGGAGUUGCCAGAAAACUUCGGCGUUGUCUGGCCCAUUUUAAAGCCGGAAGCUUGCUUGGUUAUAGCCGGGGAUAAGGAGGGUGGGGGAGAAGGGAGUUUGUGGUUAGUUCGCGCGUACGUGGUGCGGAAGGCGAGGAAUCGGUUGAUGAAGAGGAUUGAGAUGUUGAAGGAGGGAAAUGAUGGAGAGGAGCAGAAGAAGCAGAGGAGGUGGGUGGAGCGGCUUGUGGGGGAUUAUUUUGGCGGGUUGGAGGAGCUGGGGGAGUUGGGCGAGGGGGAGAAGUGGGAGAAGGAGGAGGGUGUGGAUGUCAUGCAUUGGGCGGUCGUGUGUUGGGAUGAGCGUGGGUUGCCUACAGAGGUUUGGAGCAGCUUUAGGGAGUGGAUGGAGAAUGCGGUGGUGAAGAGUGAGUUCCCGGACAUUGUGUUGGAGAAGAGGGAUUUGCGGAGUUGAGCGAUGACGCUCUCGAGUGAACCAGCCACCUUUGGGCCGAUUUUUAGUAUUUUUCAAGACGUCGACUUUAAUAUUGCCAUUACGGCCACGUUGCCAAUACACCUCACCCGCCAACCCUACCUAGCAACAACCCCAUCUCCGACCCUCGGCGUAGCACUUGGUGAGAAAUACCCGUGCAGCUCCCUCGCAGCCGCCUCUUGCUCUGCUUUCCCAGCCUCAGCCAUUCCCACCCCUCCCGUUGCAGCAGGGCCAGGGGGAGCAU